AAUCAAUGGUUUUAUUGUUGAACAGAAGAGAAGAUAUAGCUUGUACAACAAUAGGGCAAGCUCUAGAAGAUGUCUAGAAGAGUUCAAUCAAGCUUCAGAAGUGUUCUGAAGUAGUUAUCUUGUGAAGUUAAGUCUAGGAAAGACUUAGACUGAUCAUGUGAAGGCUUUGGAGGAGUUAGAGAGAAGAUGGAAGUGUGGUGCAAAGAUAGGGCGUUCAGUACGGCCUUGUACGGUCUAGGGUGAAUCAUGAAGGUGUUUGGGAUCAGUCAAGAAGGAGAUAAGGCAAUGUGCAUAGUUAGGGAUUGUGGUACGGACAGGAGGUCCGUACCAUCAACCGUACGGCCACUCCACACGCCCAAGUCACCCGGUUCAGCUUAAAUCAAAGAUGAGCAAUGUGAGGGCGGUUUACUUUGAUCCAAUCCUAUCUUAAGUGACCGUUGAAGGCUUAUGGAGGGAAGGAAUAUACCUGAGCAUCUUGUGGUCCAAGAGACAGGCUGGAAAGGGAAAAGAAGCUUUACCUUUACAGCCAAGACCCAUCUCCUCCCUUCAUUCAAAAGAAGCAAUCUGAGCCUUCCAUUUGAAUCAGCCACGCCAGCUAGCAGCAGAAACAUCAAGACCAGUCUUCUCUCAUCCUUACCAUCCAUUCUAUCUUUUAAUUACAGCCUUAGGAUCUAGGUUUGUGAUAUAAGUUGUGUAAAGGCAUAUAUAAGCCUCUUAUGAUCACUUUGUAAACUUUUAAGCUGAGAGAGUCUCUCUUCUUCAUAAACUUGUUCUUGGUUCUUAUUCUCUUGUUACUAAGUCUCUCUCUAAUCUCCCAUACACGUUCUCAGUCUCUCCCAUACUCUCUUUGAUUCUCUUAAACUCAUUUCUAUUCUUCAUACUUCAUCACACAACAAUCUCUCAUCUGUUCUUACAUCACUCAAGUACUGGUACUCUGAAAACCUCAUAUGGUAUCAGAGCCAGGUUCCUCAGACUCCUGGUGAAGACUUCCGCUACAUCCACAAGCUCCCAAGCUCACGCCCUUGAAGAUUCAGCUCACCUUGUCCCAAGUUUCUACCUUGAAGAGUUCUUUGACAGUCUUGUUCAUCCGACUUCAACAUAGAGUCCAAAAGAACCAUUGUCAUUGCUGUUACUCUCAAUGGUCCCAACUACCUUCUCUGGUCACGCAUGGUGAAGACAGCUCUAGGAUGGAGAGGCUUAUGGAGCCAUUGCCUCACGGAUGCUCCAAAGCUCUCCAAGACUGCCGGUUCAAAUGAAAGCUCAGCAGAUGGUGAAUCCGGUUCCAAAUCUGUAUCUGAGGAGAAGUGGGAACAAGAAGACCUCAAGGUCUUAUCCAUUCUCCAUAGCUCACUGUCUCCAUCCAUCCUUGAAGCAUACUCAUACUGUGAGAGUGCUAAAGACCUUUGGAGUACACUGAACAAGAUAUAUGGGAACAUCUCCAACAUCAGCCGAGUAUUUGAGAUCAAGAAGUCCAUCAACAUCCUAUCCCUUUUGGAUGAGGAGUUCACUGCGCAUCUAGGCAAGUUCAGAGCCCUUUGGUCUGAGCUAGAGAUGCUUAGACCCCAAUCUGUUGAUCCGGAGGUGUUGAUUGAAAGAAGGGAGCAAGACAAGGUGUUUGGCCUAUUACUCACCCUCAGCCCUGCCUACAGCGCCUUGAUUCAACAUAUCUUGAGGUCUGAGAAGCUCCCAACACUUGAAGAAGUGUGUUCCCAAGUCCAAAAGGAGGAGGGAACAAUCGGGCUGUUUGGAACAAAGGAAACACUCUCCUUUGCUUCUCAAGCUGAAAGAAGCUCUCAGCCCAACAAGGCGCCUUACAAGAAGGGGGAUAGGAGAGGCCUGAAGUGUGAGCAUUGCAAGAGGGAUGGGCACACCAAGGAGAGGUGUUGGAUACUGAAUCCAAGCCUCAAACCUGCCGAGUUCAAGUGAACCGUGCCCAUGGAGGUUCAAGAGAUCAGCUCGGAUCUCUUGUUUGUAAGCAAACCUCCUAACCCUUAGAAAUUGUCUAAGUUGCUUGCAUCAUUGAUCUUGAUUAAUAUGUCUCAUGGAUUGAACCUGUUGCAUUCAUAUAGUUAAUGCUUUAGGAUUGUGCAUUCAUGUAUUGAUGCAUUUAAAAAUGAGCCUAAAUUGUCAAUGUAUUGUUUAAAGCUUGCAUUGUCAUUUUAGAGAUUGAAAACUGCUUGUUCUUGCCUUGAUUGAUUGGCUUGUUUCAAGGUUUAUAUUCUGCUGAAGCAUUGGUGAUCAAACAGGAUAAAUUAUCUUGGUUUGAUCCCAAUGGGAUGAUCUGAUCUUGCAUUGAGUUGUGGUGGUGUUAGGUACACAAGGAAAGUGAUACAUGUAACUCGCCAACAGCCAAGAAUGUA